CAUAUUACCAUUUGAGCCUGAGGAGGAUUUCCUGCAUGCUCUAUGUCUCUGUCUCAGCUUUGGAGACACACACUGUGACUUCCCAUCAUCACUAGAAACAACAUGUUCAAGAUUUCAAGACUUCAUUAACCAAAAUAUCUCAGGGUUGGGAGCCAUGGAGACGAAUGGGUCAGUGAUGUCUCUGCCGGAUGGAGAGAAGACUCGUCUGAGUUCAGUUUCCAAUGAAACUUCCACACGCUACGGUUCCAUAGCUGACAGCCUUCCUACUGAUGAACCAUCCACAGUGGAGACAACAGUCCUCUCUCCACGACGCUCCUAUAUAACAGUAGCUGUGCUCUGUUAUGUCAACUUAAUCAAUUACAUGGACCGAUACACAAUCGCAGGGGUCCUUCUCAGUAUCCAGAAGUUCUUUGAUAUAACUGACAGCACAUCUGGACUACUACAGACAGUUUUCAUCUGCAGUUUCAUUAUUUUGGCUCCAAUCUUUGGGUACCUUGGCGACCGCUACAACAGGAAGUACAUCAUGAUUGGCGGGCUGAGUGUGUGGGUGGUGAUGACCCUGAGCAGCUCUUUUGUUACAAAAUCAUAUUUCUGGUUGCUGGUGCUGUUGAGAGCCCUGGUGGGGACAGGAGAGGCCAGCUACUCCACCAUCGCCCCUACCAUCAUAGGAGACCUGUUCUCUGGAGCCAAGAGGACCGUCAUGAUCUCUGCCUUCUACAUCUUCAUCCCUGUUGGAAGUGGUCUGGGAUACAUAAUAGGAUCCUCUGUUGCCAGUGCCACUGGAGACUGGCGUUGGGCCUUACGGCUCAAUCCCAUCCUGGGUUCCCUGGGUCUGCUCCUGCUGGCUGUGUUGUGCCCCAACCCCCCACGAGGGGCCUCUGACGCCCAUGGAGGAAGUACCAUAGAGCACACCUCGUACCUGGAGGACGUCAAGUACCUUCUGAAGAAUAAGAGUUUUGUGUGGUCGUCUCUGGGAGUUACUGCCAUGGCUUUUCUGACUGGAGCUCUGGCCUUCUGGACACCCACCUUCCUGAGCCGAGCUCGGGUCACUCAGGGCAUCCAGCCACCCUGCAACACUGAACCCUGUGACACCUCCGACAGUUACAUCUUUGGGGUGGUGACGGUGGUGACGGGUAUUUUGGGUGUUUCGUUGGGCAGCACCAUCUCCAGGAGACUGAGGGACAGGGUGCCCAACGCAGACCCCCUCAUCUGUGCUGUGGGCAUGCUCAGCUCCGCCCCCUGCUUCUUCUUCGCCAUCGUACUGGCGUCUACAAGCAUCCCUGCCACUUAUGUGUUCAUCGGCAUUGGGGAGACUCUAUUGUCACUGAACUGGGCCGUUCUAGCUGAUAUCCUACUGUAUGUGGUGGUGCCAACCAGGAGAGCUACAGCUGAAGCUCUGCAAAUCAUGGUCUGUCAUCUCCUAGGAGAUGCCGGAAGCCCUUACCUGCUAGGAGCUAUCUCAGACGCUCUGCGUACAUACCAGCCUGACUCUCAUACGUGGAGUUUCCGUAGUCUGGAGUACAGUUUCCUGCUGUGCCCUUUCGUUGGGGUCCUGGGUGGGCUCUUCUUCCUCAUGACAGCCCUCUACGUCACAAAGGACAGGAAGAACGCAGAGCUACUCACUGCAGGGGUGUGUGAUCCAGUAGAUCCUCCUACUCAGUUUAGUGCCAUAGCAGGCUCCACAGAUUGCUGAGGUGAAACUGGGAUCCUUGGAGGACACUCGGGCCAGAGGAAGAUAUGUUAGAUUAGAUGUUGUUUGGUAUGUGACCAAACUGAGAGUUGGGGUGACUGUCUGUAGUACCCCAGACCACUCUAUAUGAGAAAAUAAUGGAACUGGUCAAAAAAAAGUUCAUAUAGAAAGAUUCCAAAGCUGCACACUGAUCCAAAGAAAAUGAGUUGUGGUCCAUCGUACACAGAACUGUUGUUAAAUGAUGUGCCUUUUAUUACAAAAAAUGUACACCA